AUUGAGUCCAAGUGAUUGUUACAGGAACAAUUUGAUAAUUGUUUAACUUUAAAAUUUUGGAUGCUCCGAAGUUUCGUGGUUGGUAUACCAGUGACCUAACCUACAAUUCGGUUUUUUGAACGUGAUUCCAUGAUAACAAAAUGCUUUCAUCUAAGCUGAGACUCCUUCACAAUGAAGCAAGACAAAUUGCCUGUCAAAGUCUCGUAAGACUGGGUUCGACAACAAGUUCAACACAAGAACCCGCUCGAAUGGAAAAAACAAUAAACAGCGUGCAACUGUUGGGUAGGGUAGGAGCAGAUCCCCAAAGAAAAGGUACCGAUGACCAUCCAGUUGCUGUGUUUUCUCUGGCCACACAUUCAAAUUAUCGAUACGAAUCCGGUGAGUUCUUACAACGUACAGAAUGGCACAGAGUAGUGUGCUUCAAGCCGGGCCUAAGGGAAACAAUUUUAAAUUAUUUGAAAAAAGGACAAAGGGUCCAUGUGACUGGUAGGAUAACUUAUGGUGAAAUAAGAACUGAUGAUGGCAAACCAAAGGCAACAACUGCGAUUGCGGCCGAUGAAGUUAUAUUCUUCCAAAGUACAUAAAUCAGUAUUUUUAAGGUUCAUGGAGAUCUGACUGUUUUAUAAGUAAAGUAGUUUUAGAGAAUAUGAAUAAAUAUUGUUUUUAA